AUGAUUUCGAAAUCGGGUACUCUUAGCCAACAGUUCAUCAGAAGCUUCAGCAAUGGUUCACGAAGUGGAUUCAUAUUCCGACAGCUUUUCGAUUCUUUGAGCAGCACAUACACCUAUCUAUUAGGAGAUGCGGAAUCAAAAACCUGUAUCCUCAUAGACCCAGUAGUGGAAAAAGUGAUGCGAGACUAUCAGCUAGUCAAAGAUUUGAAUUUGAAAUUGAUCUACGCGGUAAACACCCACAUGCAUGCCGAUCAUAUUACAGGCAGCGGCCAGUUGAAAAGCCUCAUCACAGAGUGCAAAAGCGUGAUAUCCAGCAAAAGUGGUGCCCAAGCAGAUAUCCACGUGGACGAAGGCGAUCACAUACAUUUUGGAAAUCGCAAACUCAAAGUUCUGAGCACUCCAGGACACACGAGCGGGUGCUGCUCCUUUUACUGUGAGGAAGAGGGAAUUGCCUUCACUGGGGAUGCCUUGCUGAUUCGUGGGUGUGGCAGAACUGAUUUUCAGGAGGGCAGCCCUGAGGUGCUGUAUCAGAGUGUGCACAGCAAGCUUUUCACUUUGCCUGAGUGGACAUUGCUUUAUCCUGCUCAUGAUUACAAUGGGAUGAUGGUGACUUCUGUGGGGGAGGAGAAGAGGUUGAAUCCUAGGUUGAGCAAGAGUUUGGAGGAGUUUGUCCAUAUCAUGAAUAAUCUCAAGUUGAGUUAUCCUAAACAAAUUGACAAGGCAUUGCCUGCUAAUAAACCUCCACCCAGAUGCCGUGCCGUGUGGUAUGCGCCCUUUCGGAGGGCGGUCCUACUCUACACAGACUCUUCUGCGGCCCCAACAGACGGCAGCCCGCCAGUCCACUCGUCGGCACUCAGUUCACCGACAACCGCCGAGACGCAGAGGUUCCGCAGCCUCUCGCUCUCCCAUGUAGCGCUCGCAACCGUCGCACUCUUCGCAUCUCGACCGCGCGAUAUGUGGCUGCUGUGGCUGUUCUUCUGCGCCUCUUCGGCCCUAUCCGUCAGCGAGAACUUCCUCAAGAUGUUCGAGGGCCAACAGACGCCCUCCGAUCCGUGCUACGACGACGACAGACCGCGUAGGUGUAUCCCGGACUUUGUGAACGCAGCUUUCGGGGUGCCGGUGAAAGCGUCGUCCACUUGCGGGCUAAACUCCCCCACGCACUACUGCGAAGCCCCUGAACCAGGCGCCAAUCCCCAGUGUCAUCUCUGCGACGACAGGCAACCCAAGAGCAGAUACCCAGCUAACUUCCUCACGGACCUAAACAACCCCAACAACGUAACAUGCUGGAGGUCAGAGCCUGUACCUCCGGUAUCUUCUAUAAACGCGCCACCUGAUAACGUGACUCUUACCCUGAGCUUAGGGAAGAAGUACGAGCUCACUUACGUCAGCUUGCAGUUCUGUCCUUUAACUCCCAAGCCUGAUUCCAUAGCCAUCUUCAAGAGCACUGAUUACGGCAAAACAUGGCAGCCCUUUCAGUUCUACUCUAGCCAGUGUAGGCGAGUGUAUGGUCGCCCUAACCGAGCUACCAUAGGUAAAACCAACGAGCAAGAAGCUAGAUGCACUGAUGCUCAUCGGUACACAGGAGGUGACGCUUUAGGCUACAGUCACACCUCGAGGAUAGCUUUCAGUACGUUGGAGGGUCGCCCCAGCGCUGCGGAUUUCGAUAGCAGUCCCGUGCUGCAAGACUGGGUCACCGCUACCGACAUCAAAGUGGUUUUCAACCGGCUGCACAUGCCCAUAGAAGAUUUGUCCGAUAACCUUGACAUCUUGGUGGACGAGCGGAUGUUUGGCAAGGACUUGGAGGGGAAGGAACCGUCGGUGCAUCUGGUUAACGAGAUGCAGGUGGUGGAUCAAGAGGCGGAGAAGAAGCCCCAGCAAGCUUCUUCUCCCGAGCUGGGCGGGUAUCACCAGGUGACGCAUCAGUACGCGGUGGCGGAUUUCGCGGUGGGCGGUCGAUGCAAGUGCAAUGGGCAUGCCAGUCGUUGCUUGUUGGGCAGGGAUGGGCAGUUGGGAUGCGAGUGUAAGCACAAUACGGCUGGGAGGGAUUGCGAACGGUGUAAGCCGUUCCAUUUCGAUAGGCCGUGGAGCAGGGCUACGGCGAGGGAUGCCAACGAGUGCAAAGCAUGCGAAUGCAACCAACACGCCCGUCGAUGCAGAUUCAACAUGGAGCUGUACAAAUUGUCUGGGCGAGUAUCUGGAGGCGUUUGCCUCAAAUGUCGACAUUACACCGCCGGUAGACACUGCCACUAUUGCCGCGAAGGGUUCUACAGGGACCCCACCAAGCAAAUCACACAUCGAAAGGCCUGCAAACCAUGCGACUGCCAUCCGAUUGGGGCUUCCGGGAAGACUUGCAACCAAGCAUCGGGACAAUGUCCUUGCAAAGAUGGCGUGAUUGGUAUCACGUGCAACCGAUGCGCCAAAGGGUACCAGCAAAGUCGUUCUCAUAUUGCUCCGUGCAUAAAGAUACCAGUGGUACAAAUGAUGGCUACCGAAGAAGACGACGAUGGAUAUAGAGAAGAUCCAGAUACUUAUAGAGCUGGAGAUCAGUGUGGAAAAUGCAAGGCAGCAACGAAGAGAUUGAAUAUGAACAAAUACUGUAAAAGAGACUAUGCUAUAAUGGCUCGAGUGCUGUCCCGAAUCGAAGACACGGAUGACGAACACACCAAAGGUUGGGUGCGAUUCAUGAUCAACGUGGAAUUCAUUUACAAGAAAUCGAGAGAUUCGAGAAUUAGGAAAGGUACCAUGCCCAUGCUGGUACCGGCCGCAGACCUGGCUUGCAAAUGUCCAAAAAUCAAAUCGAACAAAUCUUACCUGUUGCUGGGCAGGGAGAAGGACGAUUCGCCGGGAGGCAUAGUGACUGGGAGCUUGGGAGUCACUCAGAAGGCGAUCGUGAUCGAGUGGAAAGACGAGUGGGAUCAGAGGAUGCGCAGAUUCCGGCGCAGAGCGCGAAAAUGCAAAUAGAACGGUAGAGAGCGAGUCACUCGACAAAAGUGAAGAGAAUGACGUCUCUCUCUCUUUUUGAUUCCCGAAGUAUCCCCAUUUCCACUUUUGUCCACCGGAUAACUAUUUUUGUUGAGAUCGAAACCUUGACAAGAUUUACUGUGAUUUAUUGAUUUCUUUUUAAUCGAUCACCUCAAUUCGACGGUCUAUUUGGUAAGUAUGUAUACAGGGUGAUGCUGGUAAGGAGACUUACUGCAUGAUAAUUUGAAUACAGGGCGUCGGAGUACCAUUAAUAUGAAAUUCAUUAUUAGAUGUGAAAGGAAAUACAAAAGUGGCAUUUUUCAAAUUUGACACGAAUGACUUUCUAUAAGUGAACCCUCGUGUGCAGUACAAGUCAAAAAUAUUCACAGGAAUCGAUAGGCACCGAUAUAAACUGCUUAUCAAAUGAAGUGGUCUACCUGAGUAUUUGACAAAAUUUUAAAAUCGAGUAUUAUAAAAAAUACUAGUCUGAUUUUGACACGAUAUGUUUCAUGUUGUGUAAUAAUCAUUCGACAAUGAGAUAUGGUUCACCUAAACUGUCCAUAAAGACUGUGUUUUCAGAUCUGCAUGCGGAAACAUAGACCCAUUAAAAAAAUUAAUAUUCUAGAAGCACCUAAUCGCAAUCACUUGGAAAAAAUUUCGGAAUUUGUUUCUUACGAAAUCAGCGGAUUUAAUGAUUUUCCCAAAAAUAUCUUGUUGUAUUUGUAGAUGUGGGUUUUGUAUUUUCUUAGAUAUGGAAUAAUAAAGGAUCCUCAACGCCCUGUAUUUAUUUGUUCAUCAUGAGAAGUCCCUUCAUUAUACUACUCUCUGUCACCUCUCAAAACUAAUAUAUGAAACAGUAGAUCACCCUGUAUAUUAUAAAGUGGAAGCCGUUACGCAUACGGUUGGAGAAAAGUUGUCCCUUGUGUAAGUAUAUCAUUUUAGGUGACAUUUAUAUUCUUCCGAUAAUUUUUCAAGUCAUUGAAUAAAAAACAAUAUUAUUCGGAUUUUCUCAUUUGAAGCAACAUAAAUAUUGGAAAGUUAGAUUCUGAACGAAAAAUGUAUAAUGAAUAAAUGAUGCUCAAUGACAUAGUUAAGUACAGGGUGAUUCAUCAUGAAUGCCCC